AUGUCUUAUCAAAUAAUUCAUAUGACAAUCGAAGACCUAUAUAAUAAUUAUGAUUAUGAUAGAUCAAAUAUUGAUAUUCUUUUGAACCAGGAGUUGCCAUUAAAUAUUGAUAAAAAUCUUUUACAUGCUUUAAACCAUCUUAACAAUCAUUUUCAAAAAGAAAUCUUGUAUAUGUUUACAUAUAUUUCCUGUUUACACUGUUCCAUUCUUAUGUUUCCAAAUCAAGUUAUGUGGGUUGAAUUUGAUAUUAAUAAAACUUACAAUCUUCUUAGAACUUUUUCAUUUUUAUCUCUUAUUAAACAUCCUAGUAAACCAAAUCAUAUUACUGUUUGUGCAUCAUGUAAAAAUAUUGCAAAACAUCAUUCUGCUCCAACACUAGUUCCAAUCUCAGAAGAACUAAAUAAUGUUCCAAUAUAUCAUCAUUGA